CAGUUAUUGAAAAUUAUAAAAAAAUGUUUAGCUUGAGGAGGCCGCAGCCGAGAGCCUAAUUUAAAUCAAGUACUUUUUUUAACACCGUUUUUUGUUAAUUGAAUGUACUGAAUAGUGCCUAUGUGAAACGUCAUCACUAAUCUUAUUAAAUGUUUAAACAAUAACAUGGCGAAAGUAAUUUUAGUAACUGGGGGAUCUGGUCUGGUCGGAAGUGCUAUCAGAGAGAUUGUCGAGAACCAGAGUAAUGCGCUACCUAAUGAAAAAUGGAUAUUUACCAACUCCAAAGAAGCAGAUCUAAGUAAUGUCCAGGCAACUUGGGAUUUAUUUGAAAAAUACAAGCCCACCCAUGUUAUUCAUUUGGCAGCUAUGGUUGGCGGUUUGUUUCACAAUAUGAACAACAAUUUGGACUUUUUGCGCAAAAAUAUGCACAUAAACGACAAUGUACUAGAAACCAGUUUUCAGCACAAUGUGACAAAAGUAGUGUCAUGUCUUUCCACGUGUAUAUUUCCUGACAAAACCACAUAUCCUAUUGAUGAGACAAUGAUCCACAAUGGCCCGCCCCAUCCGUCAAACUUUGGCUACAGUCAUGCAAAACGUUUGUUAGAUAUUGCCAAUAAAGCUUACCACCAGAAAUAUGGUGUAAAAUAUACUUCGGUUGUUCCGUGCAAUGUUUUCGGGCCAAAUGAUAAUUUUGAUCUACAUAAUGCUCAUGUCGUACCUGCUCUUAUUCAUCGUUUACACAUAGCCAUAGAGAAAGGUUUGUCAAAAAACCACAUCUUUUGUAGAAAAUAUAAAAUGUUUUCUAUUGUUAUUGUUUAUUUUAAUAUUUUUACAGGCGAUAAUACAUUUGUGAUAUUAGGCUCUGGAAAACCCUUACGUCAAUUCAUCUAUUCACUUGAUCUCGCUAAACUAAUUAUUUGGGCUUUGAGAAACUAUGAUGAUGUGGAACCAAUAAUUCUAUCAGUGGAUGAAAAGGACGAAGUAACUAUUGGCCAACUAGCUGAAACGAUUGCAAAAUCAUUUAAUUUCCAAGGUACUUUAGAAUAUGAUACGAGUGCCGCCGAUGGGCAAAUUAAAAAAACCGCUAGCAACAGAAAGCUAAGGAAACUAUUACCAGAUUUUGAGUUCACAAAUCUAGAAACUGCAAUUGCUCAUACAGUUGAAUGGUUUCAAAAAUACUACAAAGAAGCAAGACUUAGUAGUUCAUAAAAAAUAAAUGUUUUUUAACAUAAAAUUAUGUUUACCAUAAUAAAAUACCAUCUGUAAAAAUAAUUAUUACCUAUUUUGGUAUAUUAUUAUUGAUAGAUCUAUAUAGUAUUAUAUUUUUGUAUAAUUACUAAUUAAUUGUAUGAAAUAAUUUAAUACAACAGUAAUUACAUUUAAUUUAAAUUGUAUUGUUAUUGAUUAAUUUAUUAAGGGACUAGAUAUAUAAUACAACUUUAAAAGACUAU